AUGGAAGCUGGUAGUCCAGAAGAGGAGGACCGCCUGGCCGUCGUCCUGCAACACCAGCAACAGCGCCGACAGCACCACCAGCCUCAAUCUCCUACCCACUACACGCACCAACUUCAUCGCCAACCCAACUUCGAUUCGAGUUACGAGUAUCACGAGCCUGACCUCGACCCCGACUCCGAUUUCGACCCUUACCGCCAUCCGCUCGAUUCUUCCUCCCAGAAGCGCCAUCGCCACUACGUCCCUACAAGUCCUGUAGCCAACGGCUUCCACCCACAGAACUUGGAUGCCUCUGCCGCAGAUACGGCUGGGGCCUUAGCUGCCGAUAGUCAUGCUGACGGCGUCGUAAACCCGGAUGAUUUCUACCGAAACUAUCGAGACCUUCAGUCGUCGAACCCUCAUCAACGAUCUCCAUCAUCAGACAACGACUACAUGGCGACCUCAGUCUCCCGAACCCGCGAUAACCCGUCCGUGCGGUCUAGCAGCAAUGGCGCCAACCCCAAGCACCCACCUGCUCCUGCAGCCCGAACCGCCUUGCGUCCGUCACAGCGAUCUGCCUCUGCCCCGAUCGAGCCUGCCGUCGGUGCGCCGAGGUCGAACACGAACCGAAAACCGAGCGUCAAGGACUUGACCAGAAGAUUUGACCAGCAAACCUCUUCUACGUCAGGUCCCCGAAUUCCUGCUCGAGGUGUUCCAUUACGACCAAGCAGGACUGCAACAAGUGACAAGCCGAUGCCCGGUGGGAAUGGGUCAACAUCAUACUCUACGCUAAGGACCUCAACGAAUCGUGAACUGACAUCAGACUCCAGUCGAGGAACCGGUGCUCGAGGCACACAGCGUACCAAAUUCGUCGCCGAGGAUCAACUAUCAAACAACUCACAAUCCUUCGCCAGCCGUAUUGCCAAACCGCGAAACCCGAACUCGAUUACGGGCAAUACACAAGCGUCGAAAUCUAUGACAAACCUCCAGCACAAGUCGCCAACGCUGCCGCCCACUUCUCCACGAGCACCAGGCCUAUUGUUUGGUGAGAUUCUACCGGGACAGCGUGAUGCUUCAACUGCAGGGUUCGGGAUCGAGGGUUCGGGCGCGCGUCCUCGUAGGACAUCCGAGUCAAGUAUCCACGUGGCCAGGCUACAUCAACGGACAAAAUCUGAUCCUGACAUUGAGCCUUCUUCUCCCACUGAUUGGUACCGCUCUGCGGCCACACACCCCCAUCCCUCGACAGGACGCUCUGCACAUAACACAAGAAGCCACGUUCGGGCACACAGUGAUGUCGCUACGUCGAAAACCGGCUCACCAAUGGUGCGAAAGGUUCCAUCGUCGCGUCCGCCGGUAGAAGCUGUGCAGGCUGACAGAGCUGCGUCACCUACGUCCCGCCUUCCUGUUUCGGUACGAAAGUUGACUACCCCAAGCGAUUCGACGAGCCCACCUUCGACACGAGAAAGCUCUCGAGCCAAUUCUCCAUCAACCUUUAAACGCCCUCCCCCCGCGAGCAAGACAUCGCGGACAGCGACGCCCGUUACCCGCUCCAAAACCCCCACUCGAGCGAAAACGCCAACCCAAGCCACGCCAGGACGCAAGCCCGCCCCGCGUGGUCUCAUCACCCCAAACAAUAACACACGUUUAACUGCGUACGUGGCAGUACCGCCACCUAAGCUUUCUCCUCCUUUGCGCAGUUCUCGUCCUCGCCAGUCCGUAUCAACAGCAACCACGGCAAGUUCGCGCAUGAGGGCUGUCGAUAGAGCCAAAUCUCCGCAUAAGAAUGCGGCUAAGCAGUCUUCUAAGACAGAAGAGUCAACAUCCCGAAGGCGGAGGAUAUCUGUUGGGCCGAUUGAUUUUGAACAACGGCGGGAACAUAUCCGACUUGCAUAUACUAAGUCUAUCCGCGACAGCCAAGCUCGGGAUGCUAGGCAAGCGGCUGCAAGACGUAAGAAGGAACAAGAAGCCGCCACUGCUAAGGAAGAAGAAAUUCCCCCAGUACCUACUCUUGAAAGAGGUUCGCCGCCGGCGGAGGAUAAAGAUGGUUCCGAGAAGCCACCUGAGACGUCCGAGCCUCCCGUGGAAGCAGCCGAGAAACUGCCCCAGGAAGCCUCGAAGGAACCGGAACCACCGGCGCGGUCUGCGUCACCUGAGCAGUCGUCUCAGCCACUGACCAUUUCGACAGCAGUGGCACCCAUUGUCACCACAGCCGCAAUUCCAUCCACAUUGGCCGUUGAUUCACCAACGCUGGGAAUCCCGGGCAGUUUUCCCGCCCUUAGCCCACCUAUUCAAAAGGACGAUGUCCCGCAGUCUGCCAUUUCGGCGACCACAGAAACAACGGAGUUCGACAACGAGCCUCAAAUCCUCCCGCCACUUCCAUUAGACUUGGUGCAAUCCCCUCCAACUGGCCUCGGACUCACACUUGCUCAGCUUGAUGGAGAACACAGGCACGCUCAAAUCGAAGAAGUGAGUCGACCACCGACGCCGGAGAAGGCGCAAUACCACUACCCUUUCGAAGAGGAGCCGAUUUCCGACGACCGAGUCUCGAUAAAAAUCUCAUUGGAUCCGACAUCUCCUCAACAAUCUCCCGAACCCACCCCGACAAGGAGCGAGUUUGAGGAUCCUUCUGUCCCAGGCGCAUUCGCCAGCUCUCGCCCAAUUUCAGAAGAGUAUGAGCCGGUGCCCUACUCGAGUCCAUCAUUCGAGACGACGGUUAAGAUCUUGCGGAGGGACUCUGAAUAUGAUUUUCCUCGACAAGAGACCGUUCCGUUCCCCCGAAUGGAGUCUUAUGAUGAGAUAGACAGCCAAAGUCAGGUUGACGACGUGUCUUACUUCCCCAACCAUGCAGAAAAGGUCUUGGGCACAGCAUCGAGUACUACACUCGAACGGCCGGAGGACUUCUACAGUGAUCGCCACAAGGACAACGAUUCCUCUCAGCGGGCAUCAACUUGCGAGUCUUCUGACGCGCAAGAAGAUCCCCACAAGACGAGCCUUGAGAGUCAACAAACUCCAGACACUUCCCAUAGCUUGAUGGUCCCGUCUAUGGAUCCAUCCACUAACAGGGCUAGUCAGCAAUCUGCGUGGACCGACUUCUCUGUUGACAGUAAUGACCCCGAGCACCAAGUCUCAGCUUUCCAGGACGAGGUUCUGCCCAUGCCCAAGCCGCCAUACGUGUCCGACCCGGUUUACGGCUCUGGCUCUAGUAGAGAUUCAUCUGCUCGCCAAAGUGAACAUGACAUUUCCGACUUUUCGCCUUUGGACUCUACGGAUGCCCAACCGUCAGGUCGCGCGAACAUUCAUCAACUACCCGAGCUGGAUACUGGAGAAGGCUUUUCUGUUCCUUAUCCCGAUGCCAAUUACCCCUGGCCUAAGAAGGAACGCAAGGAUCGACAGUCUAACGUACCGCGUCCAGAACAUGAGCCGCCGCCUGUUCCUAACCCCAAGUCUGGAUACGAGGGGCGGCGAACAGCUGUAAGCAGAUACUACGCCGAUACUCUUCCAGGAAGUACUAUAGUCGGCUCUCGGCGUCAAAGUGAGGAUGUGUCACGGCCUGUUUCCACUGCGCACUCAAUUGACCACAUGUCAAUCGAGACCAGAGAUCAUUCUCUCGGCGGCCAGACUCCCGUAGAGUCGGUAUCAACACCCCUCCGAGACAAGGACGGCCCUACAGGAAAGGAAAAGCAUCGGCUAGUCCAACGACGCAAUGUAAUCAAAGAACUUAUCGACACUGAAAUGGUUUUUGUGAGAGACAUGAACAUUGUGGAAGAGAUUUACAAGGGCACUGCCGAGGCUUGCCCGCGAUUGGAUGACCAAACUAUCAAGCUCAUCUUCAGAAACACGGAUGAGAUUAUCAGCUUUCACACACUCUUCUUGACCCAACUCAAGGAAUCUGUUGCACCGGUCUACGUUCCUCACGGACGUCGAUCUCCUUUGCCACGGGAAGACUCCGCAGCUCCUGAUCAGACAGGAAACCCAUCGGCCCACUCAACCACGCCUGAGCUUGAUGAUGACAAGGAUCGAGCCACAGCGAUCGGCCCUAUCUUCAAAAAGUACAUCGACCAAAUGAGGAUAGCACAUGAAGGAUUCUUGAGAAACAGUGAUCACGCAGCGAAGCGGUUGAUCCAGAUUCAGCAAGAUCCAACAGUGAAGGUUUGGUUGAACGAGUGCAAUGAAGUGGCUAAGGACCUUACGGCAGCCUGGGACCUAGAUUCAUUGCUCAUCAAACCCAUGCAGAGGAUUACAAAGUAUCCGACUUUGAUCAUGACCCUUCUACAGCACACCCCUCAAGACCAUCCCGAUCGAGCAGAGUUGAUUUCGGCGAAAGAGGUCUUGGAGCUGGCAAUCAUUGAGAUUAACAAGACGAAGAAGAACUUUGAGCUGGUUGGACAAAUUGUCGGGCGAAAGAGGAAAGAAUCCGAUGUUAAGGCUGGUUUCGCUCGUGCCUUUGGCAAAAGAGUGGACAAGCUGCAAGCUACCAGCUCGAGGAUUCCUGAAGAUGCUACUUACGCCAAGCUUCACGAGAAAUUUGGUGAUGACUACCUGCGCCUUCAAGUCGUUCUUCGAGACGUCGAAUUUUAUACUCGACAGGUCAGCGCUUACGUACAUGAGUUUCUGCAAUACUUGUCCUCCAUGGAGCUUGUUAUGAGACUCCAACCAGGAAGCUAUCCCGAACUGGAGAGCAAGUGGGUGCAAUUUAAUGUGUCCAUGAGGGACAUUGAGAAGAUUGCACUAGAGGAACAUCUUCAACAAGUAAGAAAACAUGUAAUCGAGCCCUUUGAACAUGUUAUCAAGGCGUACGGCAACCCUUCGCUUGCAAUGAAGAAGCGAGCCAAGCGUCGUCUCGAUUACGAGAGAUCUGAGCAGCUCAAGAAAGGCGGAAAGACGGUAGACGCCAGACUUAAGGAGUUGGUGGAACAGUACGACGCCCUUAAUGAAACGUUGAAGAAGGAACUACCCCAGUUGUCUGCUCUGACCGAGAAGAUUGGUAACAUUUGCCUCGGCAACUUCGUCAAUAUUCAAGCAAAUUGGUACUCCAUUUGGGUGGAGAAGGUCAAGAAGGUCACGGGAGAAACAGGACCGCCACCCGAAGUUCCAGACAUUGUCGCCACAUUCCAACGGGACUACAAGUAUGCUCAGGAAUUGUUUACAAACAUUGGAAUCCUGAACCCCACAUACAAGGGCAGGACAUCACAAUCUACCACAGCGAGCACAGACGACGUCACAUCCAAGCUUCGAUCUCGACCUACCGAGCCCUCCCCACGGGGUAGAGGCCUCUCAGUGAAUGGCGAUCAAGCCCCAAUACUACCCACCCCAGAUUUUGUAAAGCGUCAUAGCGGUCAGUUCACACUUUCACCGGCAACUACGCCACUGAGCCCCCAUCAAUUCUACUACCGGGACUACUAUACCGGUCCCAGUGGACAACGUCCGUCGGUGGGUGCAUCUCCAGUUGCGGGUGACCAGUCACCCGUAGCACGGGUAAACGUCCCUCCUUCUUCAUCAACUCGCCCCGGGACAAGCAAAAGCUAUGAGUCGAACGGCCUGCCUCGGCAGAGCUCUGAAUCUACAGUGCACAACCGCGACUCCAACCCUUCCCAUCAUACAUAUCAGGGCGGUGAGCCGAGACGAUUCUCUGGCCUGUUCCAUUCAGCCCUUCCGAUGCCAGAUGGCACGGAAGAGAGUCAAAGGUCUUCAAGAGCAUCAUCGCGUGAACGAACACCGGCAGCCAAUGGCUACAAUGUUCUGUGGUUAGCGGCAUCGUUAUUCGAGUUCAACAUUGAGACUACAAAGCACGAAGCUGGGUACCCGUAUCUCACGUACCAAGCUGGUGAGAUUUUUGAUGUUAUUGCGGAGAAAGGCGAGCUCUGGCUUGCCAAAAAUCAGGAUGACCCUGACGACCAGGUUGGCUGGAUAUGGUCGAAGCACUUUGCGAAACUGGCCGAUUCCUAG